AUGGCAGAAACAGUGAAAAGACGUAAGAGCUCCGACUGUGGCAUACAAGUCGAAGAAAGUACUAGGGUACAAUCUGUAUCUCAAAGCGUACCUGUACUUUAUUCUACAAAAGAACCGACCGUAAUGAAACGUAAUCGAUACACGUUUGAGGAAAAGAAGAAAAUCUUGGAGGAGUCCAAAAAAUCAACGUCGCAAGAAAUAUGUGCCAAGUACGCAUUGAAUGAUAGCAUUCUCCGUAGAUGGAAAUCGAACCAGAAUGUUAUCGAGAAUGCCGCCAAAUCGAGCAACACCAAAAUAUUGAAAAAAAUAAAUAAAUCAAACGAUCUUGAUGCGAAAUUGUUUACGUGGCUUGCCGAUUGUCGCCGCAAAGGCAUUCCCGUUUCUGGGCCAAUGUUGUGUCAACAAGCACUGGUCAUUAACUCCAGGGUUGGCGGAUCAAACAGCUUCAAAGCUAGUCAUGGAUGGUUGGCAAAAUGGAAGAAACGAAACCCCGUGAAAAAUUUAAAAAUCACAGGGGAGAAACUAUCAGCCGAUGAGGAAACAGCUAAUCGGUACAAACAAAAAUUUUCCGAAUUAGUAGCUGAAAAAGAACUUAAAAGAGCUCAAGUUUUUAACAUGGAUGAGACUGGAUUAAUGUACAAAAGUACACCGAAAAGAACCUUUGUCCCAGCAGAUGAGACACAAGCUUCAGGUGGCAAAAAGCAAUUAGAGCGAAUCACCAUAGCAACAUGUUGCAAUGCUGAUGGUUCCUUCAAACUGCCACUGAUCUUCAUCGGAAAAUCUAAAAACCCACAUUGUCUGAGAAACAUUGACAAAAACAAAUUGCCUGUAUGGUACCGUAAUCAGACAAACGCAUGGAUGAACCUGGAAAUUUUCGAGGAAUGGUUUAAGGACAUUUUUGUCCCUAAAGUUGAAAUUUUCCUUAGUUCAAAAAACUUGCCAAAGACAGCGAUACUUCUGGUGGACAAUUGUCGAUCACAUCGAUAUAUCAAGGUCAACGACAUCGAAAUCCACUUUUUUCCUCCAAACGUCACCUCUCUUAUCCAACCUAUGGAUCAGGGCAUCAUACAAACAGUAAAACUACAUUACGAAAUCAACCUCGUGAAUGCAGUCAUCGAAGCUCAGGAUGAAAAUGUUCGGUUGAUCGAGUUUUUGAAGAAAGUCGACUUGUACAAAGUCAUUAUCUGGGUUGCUGAUUCUUGGGAAAAAGUUAAAUCCAGUACAAUUGAUAGAUGCUGGAAUAAUAUAUGGCCGAAAGAAUUGAAAGAUGCGUCAACUCAAACCGAUCAGAGCUCACUGACUUUGGAUAAUCUUGAUAUUUCCGUGGGUACUGAAGUGACUUUCACUCCAUUGUCUGCAGACGACCGUGAUGUGAAUGAUUUACUCAAUUGCUUGAAAAAAGUCAGAGGAUAUGAAGAGGCCGAUGCAGCAACAAUAUUGGAGUGGGUUCGGAAAACUGAAAAAAAAGACGACAUCGCAGAAUUCCAUUCGUCUGAGGUUCCAUCUUCAAUGGGAGAAUUCGGCUCUAUUGAAAACUAUUCACCUCCAGUUGAUCACGUCAUGAAUCAAAAUGACUGUCAAAUGAACGAAAAUACUAAUUUUAAUUAUUUGUCAGAAUCUUUGGAAAUUUUGUACGAAAGUUUUUAAAUAAUAAGAAGCAUUAAAAACGAUCAUACACAUUGUGUAUUCAUCUCAUUUUAGUCUUUAGCUAGGCGUGCUUAUUGAGAGGUCCACGUGCGAAUUCACUAGAGCGCGACUCGAGCUCGGAAUUUGAGUCGGAGUGGGGGAAGUGCUCGAGCGAAAA